UACUAUCUCGAGAAAAGUCUGACCGUUCCCUCCAAAUGGCGUCGUCCUCCACCAUCACCACCUCCGCUUCCGCCUCGUCCUCCUCUGUCGGUGACGAUCACCACCAUAGCUUUGGCGACGCAGCCAUCCCAUCGCCUCCUCCACCGACGCCGUCGAACCAAUCGCUGGCCAACUCCCUUCCCGCCGACGCCGACGCCGCUCUCUCCCGCCUCCUCCACCAGCUUCUCGCUACUCCAACCCUCUCUCGCCCAUCGCCGCGUCGCCGUUCCCCGCAUCCGGCUUCUCCGCCUGUCAUAUCCUUCGAUCAGCCGCUGCGAAGCGACCUCCUCCUCUCCGCCGCAUCCGACUUCGGGUUCUUCCACCUCGCCGGCCACGGUGUCCCCUCCGACCUCGCCUACUCGGCCGUAGCCGAUUCUCGGUCCCUCCUCCAAUCUCAAUGGCUCCCGGUCAACAAUCUCUUAUCUCUAGGCCUCAACCGCGACGACUGCGACGGUGAUAGCCUCGACCACGAUGAUCAGGAUCGGAUUUUGAUGUUAGAUACCAGCGAAAACGGGGACGCGGGCGGGUUUGCAUCUUUUCCAGCGUUGCAAGAGUUCAGCAAAUGCUUGGAGAAGGUGGGAUUGGGGGUGGUACAGAUGCUAUCGUCCAUGGAAAGGGGGUUUUGUGAAAACCCCUUCGAGAAGCGGAAUUAUACGCCAAGGUGUUUGUUGUGGAUCUCUUCUCACCACGAUUGUAGCAAUACGGGCAAACUUGCCUCUCAGACGGGGAACUGCAAGUGCUACCCGUACGUGGUGGGGCUUCAGUACGAAAUGAAUUGGUGGAGGCAGCCCUGUUACGCUAUCGGUGACUCAGGUGAGCGGAUCUGCAUCGCUCCCAUCGCCGAUUCUAUACUUGUUACACUCGGGGACAUUGCUCAGGUUUGGAGCAACGGAAGGUUUAAGAAGGUGAGGAGCAGGCCUCAACCGCCUUCCUUGCCCUUUGAUGGCCGUGAUGGUUCUGGCUGCAUAUCUGUGACGGUGCUGGUGACCAUUCCACUUGAUAGUGUUAUCUCCCCCCUAAUGCCUUUAUCAGUAGAUGGCUGUGUCGCCGACAUUGGUGAUGAAGGUGAUGACGACGAUGAUGAUGGAAAGAGGUUUCAUGCCUUCUGUUUGGAAGAAUAUGCAUGGAGAGUCUACCAUGAACGCCUCCCUUUGAAAGAUCCGCUGCUGAGAUACUGGAUGUAAUAUCGUCCUACUCUGUACUUUGUUUACCUUCUAGUGUUGUCAGCUUGGUCGGUAUGUUUGUAGAAUUGAGAUCUUUUGGUUUUGUGCUGUUGGUUCAGAAUCUUGAAAUUUUUAUGUUAGAUUGGCUGGUUUUUUUCUCCUUGAA